AUGGCGAGCGAGUUCCAGUCAGCAAUGACCAUCCGGUCGCUUCGCAUUCUGAAAAACGAGCUCGAAUUCCUUGCAGACUCAUCCGUCAUUCAGCGAGACCAACUCAACGCCAUCCUGGCUCAACUACCUACCGAGACCGACGCUCGCGCAGCUGCCGCUCGCCAGAAUCAAACCACCCCGUCCCCAUUGUCGGUGCAACCCCUGCCUCUACCUAUUCGGGCGCAGCCUCCUCCUGCCCCCUACUCGCCACCAGUGUCGCAGCCAUCCAGCUUGCCCAUGCAUGAGAAGGCGCCUGCGUACGGCCAGUAUGCUACUCCGCCUCCUGUGGCGCCGCCGGCAUACCCUCAGGCCCCACCGUCGCUGGGCUUCGCAACUGCCCUGUGGGCAUACACCCCAACAGAUGCGGGCGAUCUGGCGCUGGCGCAGAAUGAUCGUAUUGUCGUUUUGGAGCACAUGAAUGAUGACUGGUGGCGUGGUCGCAACGAACGUACCGGCAAGGAAGGUAUCUUCCCCAAGAGCUAUGUGAAGCCGCUCGACGAGAAGGCGGGUAUCUACUCACCCCCUCCACCUACGAACUAUGGCAAUAUGCCUCUCGCUGUCGCCCAAAGUGGGUCGAACCCGGCCUCCAACGAUCCAGAACAGAAGAGCAAGUUCGAGGAAAACGGCAAGAAGUUCGGCAAGAAACUGGGUAAUGCCGCCAUCUUCGGUGCGGGUGCCACGGUUGGUUCCAACAUUGUGAAUAGCAUUUUCUAA